AUGUACACACACACACAAACGCUCACACAUGAACUAGCAAGCAUUAUCUAUCUAUCUAUCUAUCUAUCUAUCUAUCUAUCUAUAUCUAUCUAUCUAUCUAUUAUUAUAUCAUCUAUCUAUCUAUCUAUCUAUCUAUCUAUCUAUCUUGAUCAUAUAAUAUAUCUAUCCAUGUCAAUCGUAUAUCUCUCUUAUACCAUACAUCACUAUUUUAAUCAUAUCCAUCUAUAUCAAUCAUAUCAUAUAUCUAUCUAUAUAUCUCAAUCAUAUGAUAUAUAUUUAUCAUUCGUAUCAUAUAAUAUCAUAUCUCUCUCAAUCAUAUAUAUUACCAUAUCUAAUUUUAUAAUAUAUCUAUCUAUCGCAAUCAUAUCAUCUAAUACGUCUCUCAAACAUAUCAUACAAUAUAUCUAUAUAUCUCAAUCAUAUCAUAUAUCAUAUCUAUCACUCUAUCUCAAUCAUAUAUAUCAUAUGUGUAUCUCACAUCUAACACAAUCAUAUCAUAUUAUAUCUACCUCAAUCAUAACAUAUAAUAUCUAUCUAUCUAUCUAUCUAUCUAUCUAUCUAUCUCAAUCAUAUAAGAGUUUUAAGUUUCGUCUCUACCCCACCAAAGCCAGUGUGACCAAAAUCACACUCGCUUUAAUAGUUGUUUAA